UUUGUUAGGGUAAAUCCAAUCAGUACGUUCUACAUGGUUGACCAAUAUGGAGUCAAGCUCAGUCGAUUUCGCAAAACUAACGCGAGAGUAUACAGAUUUAAUCAUUCCGCUGCCAUGGGGACACAUUGCAGGCAAAUGGUGGGGACCCCGCGAGCUGCAGCCUGUGAUCGUUAUGCACGGCUGGCACGAAAACGCAAAUUCAUGGGACCCCCUGAUGAACCUGAUGCCCAAGGACCUCGCUCUCUUUGCCAUUGACCUGCCUGGAAAUGGCCUCUCGUCGCACUACCCUAGCUCCACUUGGUACCACAUCAUGGAGGACAUUCUGGCUCUUAGGAAGCUCAUUCAAUACUUCCAGUGGAAGCAGCCAGUGACCUUUUUGUGCCACUCAUUCUCGACAGGCCACGCUUUUAUUUACGCAGCUUCAUAUCCUGAUGAAGUGAAAAAGGUGAUUGCUGUGGACCUGACAACACCAGUAGGCAUAACCCACGAGACAUUGAUGCAAACCGGUGGUAAGCGCUUGGACAAAACCAUCGACAUCGUGGACAAGAGUCGCAAACGCACGGUCAAGACUCUGGAGCAGCAUGCCGCCGACUACCGGAAGGCCGCAAACAACUCGAUCAGCCUGGAAGCGGCUAAACACGUGUUAGAAAGAUCGAUGGAGCGUUCUAAAAGCGAUCCGACCCUCUUCAGAAGCACUCGCGACGGCAGAAACACGUUUCGCUUCUAUUUCAGCUUUCCGAAUGAUUUCAUGUUUGACUUGGCCCACCGUGUCAAGUGCGAGUAUUACGUCAUCAGGGCCACAUUGCCUCUUUACGCGGAACAGCGUGAACUGACUUUUAAGGUUGAGGAAAUCUUACGGAAUUCGGCCAAGAAAUUUGAGCGGGUGAAUGUGGAUGGAAAGCACCACGUGCACCUAGAUCACCCGCAAAGAGUUUUAGAGCAGAUUUUGCGGUGGCUGAAGGCGGACGAAGCGCUUACAAAGUCUUCUCAAUCGAGUCCCCCGAAUUCCUUGGCAAAGGCGAAAAUGUGAUCUGACCAAAUUGUCUCGUGCAGAA